CACAAGAACUUCAAGCAGGAGUACAACUAGUGGCUUCGCCAUUUCGGAAUUGUUGCAACUGUCUAUUCUCACGGGAAGGAGCACGACUAGUACAACUUUGAGUCUUACAAAAGGUGUCAAAACAAAGAAAAACAGCCUUAGAAAUCCACUACAGGAGUGGUUGCCUCUAGGAGGACAAGUCUCUGCGAAGAACGUUAUUGAGGGUUUCCUUUGGGUGCUAGCAAAUUUUACGAAGCUUUGGGACUCUUACGAAGAGUAUGUGGAUGCAACCAAACUGGCCCUCAUCUCUGCUUACCAAGAGAGCUGUUUUGCCGCGAAUGGAAAGAAAUUUUUUACGGGAAAACAAAGAGCCGCACUCGGUGCUCUUUUCGACCAUUUGCCAAGCGGAAAGGCGACGCGAAAGAAUUUGGAGGAUGAAAAAGGACAAAUCGUGGAGCUUUUGAAACUUGGC